AUGGCGUGCGGGAGCACCGGCGUCGGAUUGAUGCGCCGACGCCAAAAAGGUAUUAAAUGGGAGAAUCAGCCAAGCGGAACGAAUGCUGAGCGAAUUCGACGAAACAUGUGGAUGAUCGGUCGAUCGGCUCAACGAAACGAACAUAUCCGAAUGCAGCAGCUACGUCUAUCUGGGUCGGGAAUUAAACAUGACCUCACCCCCGAGCUGGGCAAGCGGAGACGAGCGGAUUGGGGAGCGUAUAAGAGCAUCGAGGAUGUAGUGAAGAAGACCAGGAACACCCUGUUCCGUGCUCAUCUCUUCAACACCACCGUACUUCCUGCUUUGACCUAUGCUUCUUAA